AUGGCGCCAGAUGCGAACGACGCAUGGAUCGACGCAUUCUUAGAUUCGAGCACAGAAGUAGAAGAAACAAGGGCUGCAGUCUCAUCUUCUGCACGCGCAGCGGCGCGGUCCCUUGGCGAACCAGGUGUACGACGGAGGGCCCAGGACCUUGUACGACUGGCGGUAUUCACCGAGUAUGAUCGCAUGCCAAUAAAACGCGACAUUAUUAUCAAGAAUGUGAUUGGAAAGGAAGCCAGCCGAGCAUUUCCCGUCAUCCUCGCAUGUGCCCAACAAAUACUACGCCUCACGUUUGGCUUUGAGCUCGUUGAAAUGCGUGCCAAGGGUACAGAGAAUCCUCUGUUGGCAGAACAGACUUCCCUCCUCGACGAGCGCGCAGGAUCGAAGCGGCGUCGCACUGACAAUGAUAACACGCAAUCGCGAAAGACGAGCGCAGCUUCGCAUGGAUAUGUCCUGCGCUCAACCUUGCCGGCGGAAGUCAUCCAGUUCAUGACGACGAGUGGCCCACCGGUGCCGCCAAGUGAUCAGUCCUCCAGGGAUGCUCCUCAUGCUCGCAAUGACUUGCCCAUGCUGGACUGGCAAGCCUCUGAGGGCGAAUUAGGUAUAACAGGACUACUCUUUGUUGUGCUGGGCCUGAUCCUGGUGUCUGGACGCCAGGCAUCUGAUACACGCAUACGCUCCUGUCUGGCCCAGCUGUCUUUAUCUAUUGAUCGUCCACUGCCUAAAGCGCUGCAUCCUUUGGGUUCUGGUACUCACGAGCAGGGUAGUCAUACGCUGGACACAUUCCUGCAGCAAGCUCAGCGGCGGGGGUAUUUGGAGCGCGUGCGUGUUGCUAGUGCUGCCGAAACGUCAUCCCAGGCAUGCGAUUGGGAGUGGCGCUGGGGUGCACGCGCUGAGAUCGAGAUCGGCGAGCAUGCAGUUGCUGCUUUUAUGGUCGAUGUGUACCACCAAGACGCGAAGCCCGAGUCGUCAGAUUCACUGACAAAGCGGAUUGAGCGGGCGGCAGGCACGCCGCUCGUUGGAUGA